AUGUUUCUCAAACGCAAGCGUUCCUCAUCUGAGAUGAGUUCAUCAACCUCGUCGUCGUCUUCAUCCCCUUCGCGCGCCAGCCCCAUGUCCUCCAUGGACAUGGUCUCUCCAUCUGGCCAUCGUGGGCGUACCAUGAAACGCCUUCGCAACAGCAGGCCCUCGGACAAUCUAGUUCACCAACGUACCCUGGGGAUGCUCUACGCAGGCGCAUCGCAGCAGACCUCGUCCCAGACUGCACCCAUUCGUCAGUCAUCAACACCCGUGAUAGACUCCCAUCCUCCCCCAGCAAACGAAUCGCUCCAUCGAUUCUGGAACAUUCGCAGCGCUCCAACACCAUCACCAUCCGUCGAACGACGGCCGUCCUUCCCAACAUGCUGCGAUGACUGCGGCACCAGUCUAGGUGGCGGUGACCAAGGCAUGGAUGUCGACGACACAGAGGACCCAUCCUGCAUUGAAUGCGCGAAAAUUGUAUGCCAGAGUUGCUCCAUCAGCAACCUAGGCGCAGAGAGGCGGUGCCUCAAGUGUGCGAAGCGGCAAACGUGGUCCGGCCCUGCCAAGCCCCCUGGCCGCCUCUUCAGUUUCACUCCGACAGUAUCACAGGAUGUCGAGAUGCUAUGA